UAGCCUACAACGCGUUUCCGUUUCAAAGCCUAACUUCCGGCUCUUCAGCCGGUUCCGGUCCCUGCCUUUCACUUCCGGUCGCCUUCCGCUCUGCUGCGGUCGGUUCCUGCGUCCGCUGCUGCCGGUUCCGCCACGCUGCAGGUAUUUUUUCCUGAACAAAAGCUGCCUCAACCUAUGUUUCAAGGAUGGCUCUCCCUAUCAUUGUAAAAUGGGGUGGACAGGAAUAUUCAGUGACCACACUUUCAGAAGAUGAUACUGUGCUAGAUCUCAAACAGUUUCUCAAGACGCUCACAGGAGUGCUACCAGAACGCCAAAAGUUGCUUGGACUUAAAGUUAAAGGCAAACCUGCAGAAAAUGAUGUUAAGCUUGGAGCUCUCAAACUGAAACCAAAUACUAAAAUCAUGAUGAUGGGAACUCGUGAGGAGAGCUUGGAGGAUGUCUUAGGUCCACCUCCUGACAAUGAUGAUGUUGUCAAUGACUUUGAUAUUGAAGAUGAAGUAGUUGAAGUAGAAAAUAGGGAAGAAAACCUACUAAAAAUUUCUCGCAGAGUAAAAGAGUACAAAGUGGAAAUUUUGAAUCCUCCCAGGGAAGGGAAAAAGCUUUUAGUACUUGAUGUGGAUUAUACAUUAUUUGACCAUAGGUCUUGUGCAGAGACUGGCGUAGAAUUAAUGCGGCCAUAUCUUCAUGAAUUCCUAACAUCUGCAUAUGAGGAUUAUGACAUUGUUAUUUGGUCUGCAACAAAUAUGAAGUGGAUUGAAGCUAAAAUGAAAGAGCUGGGAGUGAGCACAAAUGCAAAUUAUAAAAUUACCUUCAUGUUGGACAGUGCUGCUAUGAUAACAGUGCAUACACCAAGGAGAGGAUUAAUAGAUGUAAAGCCUCUUGGUGUUAUAUGGGGAAAGUUUUCGGAAUUUUACAGCAAAAAAAACACCAUUAUGUUUGAUGACAUAGGAAGAAAUUUUCUAAUGAACCCACAGAAUGGACUAAAGAUAAGGCCUUUUAUGAAAGCGCAUCUAAAUCGAGAUAAAGACAAAGAACUUUUAAAAUUAACUCAGUACCUCAAGGAAAUAGCAAAAUUGGAUGACUUUUUGGACCUAAAUCACAAAUAUUGGGAAAGGUAUCUCUCAAAGAAGCAAGGACAGUAGUUACAAGUUAUACUGGCAGUUAUUGAAGAUACUUGAGAUCCAUGAACUUCUUGCUUUAAUGCUAGAAAUCAUUAUAAUAGUGCUGGACACUGAAGCAAAUACCAGACUGCUUAUACUUGGUCUUCCAGUUUUUUGUAAAUUUAAUUUUAUAUUUUUUGAAGCUCAUGGCAAUAUGCUAAAAAACAAAAACAAACAAACAAAAAACCCUUUUUUCCCCGGUAAGAAUAUACUGUUACUCUUGAAAAAUAUUUUCUCCAGCAUUGAGUACUGAGUUUUUUUUCCCACAUACACAAAAAAAAGUGGACAAAAAUGUAUAUUCAACAAUGUCAUUUUGUGACUUUGGAAACAAGUUAUGUCUUGUGUUUUUGCCUCCUUGUGGUGUUUGACUAAAUCUUAGACCAAACCCAUCUUGAAAACUACUGCUCUUCCUUUUAAAACCAAAAAAUAUCUUUUGAGUAAGGAACCUAGUUUGGUGUUUAAGUUAAAGUCACCAAGAGUUUUUUUCAUUCCUUUGUCAUAGACACAGUUUCUCUUCUUGCUCCACUAUUUACAUAUCUAAAUUCUGAGCUGUCUCAGUUUGGUCUGUAUGUGUAUCCAUGUUCUUUGAGUAAAACUGGAAAAUGUCAGCCGUGAUACAGAUAUGUCAUAGUAUGAAAAUUAGAAAACAAGACUGAAGAAUAAAAUUAAGGAACGAGAGUUUCUUUUUGGUGACUAAGUAGAAGCACUUCUGCCUAAAACCAUUGUCAUAAAAGCAGUUAAAGGCAAUACAUUUUUAAAUGGGACAAAUCAUCGAUUAAGCCCUAGAAAGCAUGAACAAAAAGGUUUUGUUCUGUUCCAGCUAUACCUUGUCUAAGUGCAAACACUGUUUCAGUGGAAAUAUCUAGCCAUAAGCUUUAAAAAAUUAUUUGCAAUGCUUAAGCCUGCAGAUGUGUAAUGUGGCCACUGUUUUGUGUUAACAGUAUUGCUUUAUACAGUUCUUGUAUUUGAAAGGAAUCUGAUCCUUUCACAGGAACAUGGUAUAUAUCGUUCUUACGGGACUAUUUCAGUGGUGUAAAUAAUAAAUACCUUUUCUUAAAAUA